AUGUAUUUAACCGAAUCCGUUUCUUUUAUCGGUUCUUCGCUCGUCUCUCGCGCGGUGUGUUUCCCAGUCGCCGCCGAUUCUCGUACCGGUGUUUCUACUCGCUUAACCGUCGACGAAAAGAUCCCUAAUAUAUCCAAAAAUGGGAAAGAAGAACAACUGUUGGAAUCCUCUGAUGAAGAAGGCUCUCAGGGAGACGUCCAAGCAGAUUUUGAGUUCUUUGACCCCAAAGCUACAGACUUUCACGGAGUCAAGAUCCUCCUACAAAACUAUCUCGAUGACAAGGAGUGGGAUUUGAGUGGUUUUGUGGAUUUGAUAUUGGAUCAAACAACGGUAGGAACUGUGGUCAAAGUAGCAGAUGAUGAGGAUGAGGCAUUAUUUGCUGUUGUCACUGCUCUUAACUUGGCAAGAUACAAGGACAAUAAGUGUUUUAGAGAGCUAAAAGAGUUUCUUCUGAAAGUAUGUUAGGAGCAUAAUAUAGCGAGUGAUCUAGAACUUCUCUUGGAGAAAAAGGCAAAAGAUGUUGGUUUAUUGGUAUCUCAAAGAGUGAUGAAUCUUCCUCCUCAACUCCUUCCUCCACUGUAUGAUGGACUGUUUGAUGAAGUCUCAUGGGCUACUGAAUAUGAGCGUACAGAAGAGCUCAGGGGGUCAUUCCGCUUCAAGUCAUAUAUUCUAGUCACCAAGAUUUACAAGUUGAAGAAUCCUAAGCAGAAAAAACCUCGUCAUGCUGAAGAAGACAGCAAGGAAACAGUAUUCCUUAAGCCUGAAGAAGAUGAGAUUUUUCUCGAGGUAUGUAUUCUCACAUUACUUACUCUAUUUCCCAUGCGAAAAGAACAAAAAUUCUCUAAACUUUUGUCGAAAAAAAGCUUAGCUCUUUGUCCUUCACAUUCCCUAUGCACUCACAGCUCGUUACAUCUCAAGAGGUGAGUUAUCUCUUUUAAUUCCAACAUACUUUCCCUGGAAUCUCCUAAGUUUGAUUCAAUUGUUCCUGGUUUGUAAUCUUUGGAUAUAAUGGCGAUUCUAGCAGAUGAAGAAUUAUCAGCUGACGGGUCUAGUGAUGGUCGUAGAGGCAGACAAGAUUCUUGAAUUCAGAAAGAAGUUGGAUUCUCUCAGUAAUGAACAAUGUCAAUGAUGUUUAUCUAUUAUAUUGUUACUGAAUUUUCCUUUUGGAAAAUGUUUUCUUGAUAAUUAA